GCCGCCCGAGCGUGCACGCGACGGCGACGGGUCGCCGCCGCGGAGGGGGUUGGAUGCUCGCCUUUGAGAACUUGUCGUGGAAGUCCUUCGACGUCGUCGGAGUCAUCUUCUUCACGUUUUACCUCCGCAACCGGCCGGAGGAGAUCACCGCGGGCCACGCGUUUGGGACGGUCGUGUGCGUCAUGGGUAUGCUGUACCGCGCGACGUUCAUGUCGAUACUCGUCGCGAGGAUGAAGGACAAGACGACGCGCCUGCGCGGCGAGGAGGCUGGCUCGGUGGCGCUCAACGAGUCGAUCAGGAGGGACAUCCUCAUCGUCCGCCUGUGCAUCAACGUGGCGCUCAUCCUGGAGUGCUGGCUGUACGGCUGGCUGUGCAACGAGGUGUUCUCCAAGUUCACCGACUCCAUCUACCCGCUUUCGCGCGCGCAGAUGGACAUCCUCGCCAACGGCGGGAGCGUCUUAUCCCUCAGCUUUCUGCGCCGGUGGCUCAGGCUCAUCGUGCUCUGCUGCAGCGCCAAGGCUCUCUUCAACGCCAAGGUGGUGUCUCAGGCGAACCUCGCGGACUUCAUGGUGCCCACGUGGUGGAACUUCAAGGCGCAGACGUUCAAUCACGUGCUAUCGCCGCACGUCGCCUUCCUCCCGACCAUCCUCGGCGCCACGUAUCCAAACGUGCCGAUGUCUCGAGGCGCCGUCGCGGCGGCGACGGGUUUCGUGGUCGUCGACUCCGUCGUCACCGGGACGCUGCUGCUGGGGAUGAACGUGCUGCGCGCGUGGUUCAGCAAGCCCGGGAUGGAAGGUUUCGGUCACAGCGUGCCGUUCUCGUUCUCGGUCGGGUCGCACUUGCGGGCCAAGAGAGACUGAGAGUAGUCUCCGCCGAGUAGUCUUGCGCGCUCCUUGUAAUUACCUUCGUAUGAUAC